GGAGUGGCUUUGACGGGCGAGCAGCUGAGCGUCACUUACAAACUUGAGUGGAGCUCUGCAGGAGGGACACUUCUUCACCUUCUCCCAGCCAGAGAAGAAGAAGAAGGAGAAGAAAGAGAAGGAGGCAAAGAUCAACCCUGCAGCUGUCCCAGGACAUUCAGCGAAAGGACGUCGGUCACACACCAGCCGGCGACAUGAGCAGCAGCAAGAAGAUGGAGGACGAGGCCGUGCUGGACCGAGGGGCGUCUUUAGUCAAGCACAUCUGCGACCAAGAGGAGGUCGAGGGUCACCACACCGUUUACAUCGGCGUGCGGGUGCCCAAGAGCUAUCGGCGGCGGAGGCGUCACCGCCGGCGGCCCACCGGCGGCCAGAAGGACAGGAAGACGGAGAACACGUCCGACAAGUCGGACAACGAGGAUGUCGGCAACAGCAUCCUCAAGCCCCUCGUGUCGCCGGCCGCCGAGAGGAUCCGCUUCAUCCUGGGGGAGGAGGAUGACGGCCCCGCGCCCCCGCAGCUCUUCACCGAGCUGGACGAGCUGCUGUCGGUGGACGGCCAGGAGAUGGAGUGGAAGGAGACGGCCAGGUGGAUCAAGUUUGAGGAGAAGGUGGAGAAAGGCGGCGAGCGUUGGAGCAAGCCUCACGUGGCCACUCUGUCGCUGCACAGCCUGUUUGAGCUGCGCACCUGCAUCGAGAAAGGCACCAUCAUGCUGGACAUGGAAGCGUCCACGCUGCCUCAGGUCGUAGAGAUGAUCACCGACAACCAGAUCGAGAACGGACAGCUGAAGGCGGAGCUGAAGGACAAGGUGACGUACACGUUGCUACGGAAACAUCGCCAUCAGACCAAGAAGUCCAACCUGCGCUCGCUGGCCGACAUCGGCAAGACGGUCUCCAGUGCAAGUAGGCUGUUUUCCAACCAGGACAACGGCAGCCCCUCUCCCACCCACCGCAACCUGACCUCCAGCAGCCUCAACGACAUUUCCGACAAGCCGGAGAAAGACCAGCUGAGGAACAAGUUCAUGAAGAAGUUGCCCAGAGACGCCGAGGCCUCCAACGUGCUGGUGGGCGAGGUGGACUUCCUGGACGCGCCCUUUGUGGCCUUCGUGCGUCUGCAGCAGGCCGUCAUGCUCGGAGCCCUGACCGAGGUUCCCGUUCCCACGAGAUUUUUAUUUGUGCUGCUGGGGCCCAAAGGUAAAGCCAAGUCGUACCACGAGAUCGGACGAGCCAUCGCCACGCUCAUGUCAGACGAGGUCUUCCACGACAUCGCCUACAAGGCCAAGAGUCGCCAGGACCUGCUGGCCGGCAUCGACGAGUUCUUGGACGAGGUGAUCGUGCUCCCUCCCGGCGAGUGGGACCCCGCCAUCAGGAUAGAGCCUCCCAAGUCGCUGCCGUCCUCUGACAAAAGGAAAAACCAGUACGCGGGCGGAGACGCUCAGAUGAACGGCGACACGCCUCAUGACGGAGGUGACGGAGGAGGCGGCGGACACGCUACAGGGGAGGAGCUAGAGAAGACGGGAAGGUUUUGUGGCGGUCUCCUACUGGACAUCAAGAGAAAAGUGCCUUUCCUCCUGAGCGACGUCACCGACGCCAUCCACAUCCAGGCCCUGUCGGCCAUCUUGUUUAUUUACCUGGGCACCGUGACCAACGCCAUCACCUUCGGAGGUCUGCUGGGCGACGCCACAGAGAACAUGCAGGGCGUGCUGGAGAGCUUUCUGGGCACCGCCAUUGCUGGCGGCGUCUUCUGUCUGCUCGGCGGCCAGCCGCUUAUCAUCCUCAGCAGCACCGGACCUGUUCUCGUCUUUGAACGGCUGCUCUUCAACUUCAGCAAAGACAACGAUUUCGACUACAUGGAGUUCCGCCUGUGGAUCGGCCUGUGGUCGGCGUUCCUCUGCCUGCUCCUGGUGGCCACGGACGCCAGCUUCCUGGUCAAGUACUUCACUCGCUUCACCGAAGAGGGCUUCUCGGCGCUCAUCAGCUUCAUCUUCAUCUACGACGCCUUCAAGAAGAUGCUCAAGCUGGCGCACCACUACCCCAUCAACUCCGACUUCCAGAUGGAGCACGUCACGCAGUACGACUGCCUCUGCAUGGCGCCCACCGUCCUCGAAAACAACUCGGACUUCACCGGCGACCCCUUAGAAGGGACCUCCAUCUGGUUCUGGAACAACACGGAUCUGCCAAUCAACGCCACCUGGUCGUCGCUCACCAGGUCGGAGUGUUUGAAGUACAGCGGCGAGCUGGUGGGCAAGUCGUGCGACACCGUCCCCGACAUCGCGCUCAUGUCCUUCAUCCUCUUCUUCGGCACCUACACCUGCUCCAUGGCCCUGAAGAAGUUCAAGACCAGCCCCUUCUUCCCCACCACCGUCAGGAAAAUGGUCAGCGACUUCGCCAUCAUCCUGGCCAUUCUCAUCUUCUGCGGCGUGGACGCCAUGGUCGGCGUGGACACGCCCAAGCUCAUCGUGCCAACCGAGUUCAAGCCGACGAGCCCCCACAGAGGCUGGUUCGUGCCCCCGUUCGGCGGGAACCCCUGGUGGGUGUACUUGGCCUCGGCCCUGCCCGCCCUGCUGGUCACCAUCCUCAUCUUCAUGGACCAACAGAUCACGGCGGUGAUCGUCAACAGGAAGGAGCACAAACUGAAGAAAGGGGCGGGCUAUCACCUGGAUCUGUUCUGGGUGGCGGUCCUCAUGGUGGUGUGCUCCUUCAUGGGUCUGCCGUGGUACGUGGCGGCCACCGUCAUCUCCAUCGCUCACAUCGACAGUCUCAAGAUGGAGACGGAGACGUCGGCUCCCGGGGAGCAGCCCAAGUUCUUGGGGGUCAGAGAGCAGAGGGUGACGGGUGUGUGUGUGUUCAUGCUCACCGGACUGUCCGUCUUCAUGGCGCCCAUUUUGAAGUUCAUCCCUAUGCCUGUGCUGUAUGGAGUCUUCCUGUACAUGGGUGUGGCCUCUCUCAAUGGAGUGCAGUUCAUGGACCGCCUCAAGCUGCUGCUGAUGCCGGCCAAACAUCAGCCCGACUUGAUUUACCUGCGCCACGUUCCCCUGAGGAAAGUGCACCUGUUCACCUUCAUCCAGGUGCUCUGCUUGGCCCUGCUCUGGACCCUCAAGUCCACCGUGGCCGCCAUCAUCUUCCCCGUCAUGAUCCUGGCUCUGGUGGCCGUGAGGAAGGCCAUGGACUGCAUGUUCUCGCAGCAGGACCUCAGCUUCCUGGACGACGUCAUCCCCGAGAAGGACAAGAAGAAGAAGGAGGACGAGAAGAAGAAACGCAGCAGCAUCGACAGCGACGGCGAGGACCGGAGAAAUCCCCUUCCUUUCUUGAGCGACACACCUCGUGCUGAGCAGCUCCGCUACUACCAGGCCAACUGCUUGUCCAGCCCAGAGAUGCGUCCUCUGAAGUCCGUGCCUCAGAUUAGAAUCGACAUGGACCCAGACGACGCUCAUCCCUUCUACUGGAGGAGCCGAGGAUCCGAAACGUCUUUGUAGGUCCCCCAAGUCCGGAGGGCGGCCCGGGCCAAAGACCACUAUUUUUUUCUGUGUGUCAUUUUUCACUCCAAAAUCAGCCUUUUUUUUUUUUUUUUUUGAAAUAAGAAAA